AUGGGUUUCGAGGAGGCUAGCUCUUCCUCCCAUGGGCUCACAGUCCCCGCAGAGGACGCCGGCAGCGUACCCCUGCUGCAGGGGCACCACGAUGGCCACCGGCAUCUCUCCUCCCAGUCGAAGACCUUCGCCAAUAUCUUCAUCGCCAUCGUCGGCUCAGGCGUCCUCGGCCUGCCCUACACCUUCAAGCGCACCGGCUGGGCUGCCGGCGCCCUCAUGAUCUUCGUCGUCGCCGGGCUCACCUACCACUGCAUGAUGCUCCUCGUGUACACCCGCCGGAAGCUCGAAAAGGAUCGGGGCUUCUCCAAGAUCACCUCCUUCGGCGACCUCGGCCUCGUCGUCUCCGGUGAAAUUGGGAAGUUCGCCGUCGACGUCAUGAUCGUCCUCAGCCAGGCGGGGUUCUGCGUCAGUUACCUCAUCUUCAUCGCCAACACCCUCGCCCACAUCAUCAACGCUUCGGGCGACGAGGAUUCCUCCCCCUCUGCGUUGAAUCUCAUCGGAUCUGGUCUCCUCAGCCUGGCGCCCAAAUCCUUAUACAUCUGGGGGAUGUUCCCCUUCCAAUUGGGGCUCAAUUCUAUCAGGACCCUAACCCGGCUGGCCCCUCUCAGCAUCUUCGCCGACGUGGUCGAGAUCGGGGCCAUGGGGGUCGUCAUGGUGGAAGACGUGACCCUCUUUCUCCAGCAACACCAGGCCCUGCAGGCCUUCCGGGGAUUGUCGGUGGUGUUCUACGGCCUCGGGGUCGCCGUCUUCGCCUUCGAAGGGAUCGGGAUGGUCCUCCCGCUGGAGUCAGAGGCGGCCGACAAGGCGAAGUUCGGGAAGACUCUUGGGGUCUCCCUCUUCUUCAUUUCCCUCAUGUACGGCUUCUUCGGGGUUCUCGGCUACUUCGCCUUCGGGGAGGAGACCAGGGACAUCAUCACCAACAACCUCGGGAGGGGUUUCCUCACCGAGCUGGUCCAGUUGGGCCUCUGCAUCAACCUAUUCUUCAGCUUCCCUUUGAUGAUGAAUCCGGUGCACGAGGUGAUGGAGCGGCGGUUCGCCGGCAAGCGGUUCUGCGUGUGGCUGCGGUGGGUGGUGGUGCUGGGCGUCACUCUCGUAGCCCUCCUCGUCCCCAAUUUCGCCGAUUUCCUGUCCCUCGUCGGCAGCGCCGUCUGCUGCACGCUCGGCUUCGUGCUGCCGGCGUGGUUCCAUCUCAAGGUUUUCAAGGAGGAGAUGGGGGUGUUGCAGAUGGCUGUAGACGGUGGCAUCAUCAUCAUCGGCUUGGUCUUCGCCACCGUCGGCACCUGGUCCUCCCUCGCCGAGAUCAUCACCGCCUAG